AUGGCCAUUAUGCUUCCAUGUAUUGUUCUCCUCAAGAAGGGCUUGACUUUCAAGGAAGAAAAUGUAAGCAGGAUGAACCAUGCAAUAAACAUGGCUACGGAUAUUACUGGUGUAAUUUAGAAAGCUUCUGGAAGGAAUGGGGUUAUUGUGGAUUAGUGAUAGAGUACUUGGAGCAUCUGACUGCAACUUACCAUAUUCCUUGCAAAAAUCAAUGUGAUCAACAAGGAUCAUCAACUUAUUACUGGUGUGAAACAAGGAAAGGCUGGGACUACUGUUCACCUAAACAAGGUCUGGACAUAUACGGAAACAAAUGCAAACUCAAUCAUCCCUGUGGCUAUCAUGGAUCCACUGGAUACACUUGGUGUAAUUUAGAAAAAGGUGGAUGGGGAAAAUGUGGGAAAGUGCAUGAGAGAGAUGUAUUAUUUAUCAGCUCCACAUACAACCUUGUCUGUCAGGAUGAAUGCUCAACAUAUGGUAAUAAUUAUUUUUGGUGCAACACUUUGAAAGGAUGGGACUACUGCUCUCCAGUUCCAGAUGUAACCUACAAAAAAGAACCAUGCAGGUCAGAUCACAAAUGUGGACUGAAUGGUGAGAGCUACAAUUGGUGCAGGACUGAGAAGGGUUGGGACAAGUGUGGGUCUAUAGCUGAGGGAGAGUGUGCCUAUACUGUACAGAACACAAAAAAACGAUCUUUUGUGGCACCUGAACUGAUCUGUACAAUUAAUGAUGAGGGGAACAGGAGGUUGACUAGAUUUGAGAUGCAGGCUACAACUGAUUUGUUAGAUGGUUCACCCUACCUGAACACUGCUACCGAUCUGAUUGCUCAGUGGAGAAAUGAUCUCUUGACAAAUCAACCGCGCUCUAAUUUAAUCACUGAAGAUGACCUACGUAUUGAUCUUCAAAACCUUCCAGUCAGUGGAGGAGACGUUACUACAAUCUCCAAAUUCAAGUUAAUCGUCGACGGAACCCUGGAGAAAGCACCAGCAUUUCCCAGAUUCUAA